AUGGGGUCUUUCAAAGUCCCCAAGUUCCAGAAGCCUACGCGGGAAGCUCUGGGCUUGACCAACUAUGUCUCCUACGAGAGGUAUAAUCCGCAUGGUGCAGAUUCCACCGAUGCAAGAAAGUCCCUAUCACACCUGGACUACAGUCCGUUGCGACGAGUAACAUGGGCGUCCUUCUGGAUGGGCAUGCUCGUUUCUAUGGGUGGCUUUAUCUUCGGUUAUGAUACUGGUCAAAUUUCGGGGUUCCUGGCCAUGCCAGAUUUCCUGGAAAGAUUCGGCCAGCAUCACCAUGACGGCACUGCCUACUUCAGCAAUGUGAGAUCUGGUCUCAUUGUGGCCAUGCUUUCAAUCGGUACCUUGAUCGGUGCCUUGAUCGCAGCUCCAAUUGCAGAUCUCAUUGGCCGAAAACCCUCGGUCACCUUCUGGUGCUGCAUUUUCGCAGUCGGUAACAUCGUCAUGAUCUCAUCCGAACAUCACUGGUACCAGAUCAUGAUGGGUCGAUGGGUUGCAGGUCUGGGUGUUGGCUCCCUAUCUUUGCUUGUGCCCAUGUACAUGGCCGAGACUGCCCCGCGACACAUCCGUGGAGCUCUCAUCAGCACAUACCAGCUUUUCAUUACUUUCGGUAUCUUCUUGGCCUCAUGUAUCAACUUCGGCUGCUUCGAGCAUCAGAGAGGCAGCUCGGCAUCAUGGCGUAUUCCCAUGGGUCUCGCGUUUGUCUUCGCCUUUAUCCUCGGAGCGGGCAUCUUGAUCUUCCCUGAGACACCUCGGUUCCUUUACCGCAAAGGCAAGAAGGAAGAAGCCAAGCAGAUCAUGCUCAAGGUCUACGGUGCGCCGGCGAACCACUACAGCGUUUACGUCGAACUCGAAGAGAUCGAAGCCAAGCUCCGCGCCGAAACCAAGCAAGACGGCGUCGUCCAGGAAUGGGUCAACAUGUUCAGAGCACCGAAGAUGGCAUACCGUAUCCUCCUCGGUGUCGCCCUCCAAAUGUUCCAGCAACUGACUGGCGCCAACUACUUUUUCUACUACGGAACUGUCAUUUUCAAGGCCACAGGCAUCAACAACUCAUUUGUGACGCAAAUGAUCCUAAACGGGAUUAACUUCGGCACCACUUUUUAUGGAUUAUACAUUGUAGAACACUACGGACGUCGUCGUUCGUUGAUGGUCGGAUCAUUCUGGAUGUUCCUCAUGUUCAUGAUCUUCGCCAGUGUCGGCCACUUCUCUCUUGACCGUAACGACCCUCAGAGUACCGAGUCCAGUGGUACUGCUAUGAUUGUCAUGGCCUCGUUCUUCAUCUUCGGUUUCGCAACCACCUGGGGACCAAUGAUCUGGACAAUCUGUGGUGAACUCUACCCGUCCCGCUACCGUGCGAAAGGCAUGGCGCUGUCGACCGCCUCUAAUUGGCUGUGGAACUUCCUUCUCGCCUUCUUCACCCCAUUCAUCACCGGCGACAUUGACUUCCUGUACGGUUACGUCUUCGCCGGGUGCAACCUUUUGGGCCUGCUCUUGAUCUACUUCUUCGUCAUCGAGGGUCAAGGCCGGACUCUCGAGGAGAUCGACACCAUGUACCUCCUCGGCAUCAAGCCUUGGGAAAGCCGUAAAUGGGAAGCUCCUCCUCCGGAAGAGAUCGAGAAGAUCCGGAGAGAAGCCGGCGCCGAGAACAGUGUCGCCGAGGCGGGAGAGGUUCAACCAGCGACGAAUGGAGCUGGUCCUGCCGACCAGGCUCGCAACAGUGUCGAAGGCGAAAAGGAACUUGAGCACAGAGAGUAA